UUGUUACCGAAGCGACCUGACAUCUGAGAACACGCACUAGGAAGCAUUACUAUUUCUGUCCCUAUUUCAUAACGAACAAUUCUACUGAAAUCAGUUCAUCCUUUGGGACACUUUAUCGGCCUAAACAUAUUUGUAUCACGCGAUAACCACUCUUUAGUGGUGUGAGGCGAGAAACAACAUCUCCAAGUUCAAGGACGUUUACAGCAAAAACGACACAGUGAGUGUAUCGUAUAUCUAUAAUGAUGCAAAAGUGAGGAAAGUGUCAUCGUUCUGACCAGUAUCUUUGUGACAAUAGGUGACGCCUGCUUGUGAUUACUGAAACUGCAUGGUCAGGGACAUUUGCUGGUCACCAUCUGGAAGAGCUGCAGCUAGAAUGUGGAGGUCCCAGCUAGACAUGACUGCGUGAUGAAGCCAGUGCUGCUACCUAACAAGUAGAUAGGACAGACACAGGUCUGCAGCCUCCCAAAGACAUGGCAUCUUUCCUUGACUUCACAUAUGACUGUAUGUAUCACCUGAAUCAGUACUUCAAGGCAUCUUGGCCUGUACGAUUACUGUUCGGAUCUCACCUCAAGCCUCCAUCUCAUGAAACAGAACUCCAAGUGUUGAGGGUGAUCGACCUUUUGAAGCACAAGAAGGACCCACAGGAGUCCAGCAUUGUCAAACUGGUGAACAAGCUGCCAACAGAUGAAAACAUUCUCAGUGUGAAAGACCAGGUGAAUGGUUUCAAUUUGCUGCAGCUGGCAGUAAUAAAUUGCAGAAAAGAUAUCCUCAUUAUCCUAGCUGGAAGCAAAGUGAUUCAAUACCACACCAAGUGUAGCCCUCCUCUGCACCUGGCAGCACACCUGGGAUAUGAAGGUCUUGUGGAAAUUCUCCUGAAAAAUGGGGCUGACCUCUGUGAAGUUAGAGGUCUUUGCUAUCCUGACAAUCAUCAGGCCGUGGGAUAUACAAAGUGGAUGGGAAUGUUGGACCGUCCUGUGUUUGCAUGCAAGAGAGAACCAUCCUUGCCAGUGUUUUGUGCAAUAGCUGAGGACAAUAUUGCUUGUAUGAAACUGCUUAUGUCACAAAUGAUGGAACAAGGCAUACCUCUGCCCUUGCCAUCUGAUCUCCUCCAUUUCUCUUGUCGCAAGGGGUCUGCAGAAUGUAUCCAGUAUUUCUGUAAAAAAUUCCCAUGGGAAGUCAAUUCUUUAGACAAGGAAAGGGACACUCCUCUCCUGGCAGCUGUUGGAUGGGGACAAAAGUGUGUGAGGAUUCUCAUAGGACAUGGGGCUGAUGCCAGAGGUAUUUCAAAGAUGGGUGAAACAGCACUUCACAGACUGUACAGAAACGAUAUUGACGGACUUUUCACAAUUUUUGACACGACAAAAUUUCUCCUGACAACAGGUUUGGAGCAGAUGAUAAACGAGUUAAAUAAUGACAGUGAAACUCCGCUUCAUGUUCUUGUUACACAUGUGGGGUACAUUGGAGGCCAUCUUCUCCACAAACAAGACAAAGACCAGUGUGUGUCGCGAGGCGAGAUGCAGACAGACUACCAGGAGCAGGUCAUUAAUACUUUGGAAAUACUUCUUAAGUUUAAUGCUGAUCCCGACUUUAAAAAUCGUUUCAACCUUACACCUGUUAACAAGCUUCUACACAUUGCUGUCAAGUCCUCUUUUUCCCAGCAAGAGGUAGCAACAUCCUGUGUCAGGGAGUCUAUCGACACACAUUACUUGUACAAGAACGACUUUAGUUAUGUGAAAAAGGCAGUAGAAGUUUUACUGAAGCAUGGGUCCGAUCCAAACUCACAAUGUCCAGUCGGUCACACACCUCUGAUCCUUCUUUUACAGUGUCUUGCAGAAAUGGACAUUGAGGAUAUCUGUCUUGAGCAGAAAGGGAUCUUGGAUACUAUAGAGGUUCUUCUGUGCCAUGGUGCUGAAACAAACUUCAUGUAUGGAGAACAAGGUACGUGUUCAACUCUGUUAUCAGAAAUUGCCAGUCGUUUCUUUGCUGCCCAGAGAUAUUUGCCUGCUGUAAAGGAGGACACUUUAUUUGAAUAUGCUCGUCUUGUGAACCAGGUGCUUGAAAUUCUGUUAAAACAUGGAAUGAAUCCAAAUCGUGUAUCCAAAAAAAAGUGCAAACAUUUACAAGGCGGUUCAGGAAAUGCAUUAAUUGACUUUGUUCGAUUGGCUCAACAAGCGAACACCACCUCCGACUUUGCUGUGAUAAGACACUGGCUUCUGACUUUAUUCCAAUGGGGUGCGGACCCUGACUUAGAACCGUAUGCCUCCGAACCCAUUAUCUGUCAUUCUCAGAGCUCCAUAUUUCUGAAACACCAAGGCACUCAAGCUCUUAACCACUAUAUCUACGAGGUGAAGGAGUUUGACAGUCUGUUUGAUGAUGGACAUGCACAGGAUCUGCUGCUUCUCUUUUACAACACCAUGAGCCAUUGCGUCUUGUAUGACUGUCUCAACAAUGCUAGAUUCAUGGCACGCUUCCAUCCCCUGGGCGCCACUGGACACGAUUUCGUCAAGUUACUCACCAAACUAAGUGAAAACCCUCGAAGUCUUAAGGAAAUUGCGCGUGUUGCCAUCUAUGCUGCCUUGAAAAGAGAUCUAGCCAGGAGAGUGUCAGAGUUACCACUACCUAACCCGAUGAAACGCUACCUGCUAGAAAUCCAGUAAUGAAUAAGAGUUUUAUGUUAUCAAGUGACAAAGUGCUUGUGCAGUAUUUUGAUCUCACGGAACUGAUAUACAGUAUUUAGAGAUUUGGCCUGUUUAUAUCGGUUACUGUCGACUAUUGAUAUAAAAAGGCUACAGAGUCGGUUAAUCCUUGCUUAUUCAGCACAUACUCGUUUUAGGAUUAAGUUUGCAUAAAACCAUACAUACAUUGUAUAUACUUUUACAUAUAGAGAGCAUUAUAGUUUCUUUAUUACUUUAACAGGGUUCAAAAUUGGAAAGUUUAUAAAUCCUCUUUGUUAUCAUACACAGCUAGAAAUAAUAUCGUCUGUCUAUGUUAGUUACAUUUCAGCUUGUUCUGCCAAUCCGAUGGCGUAGUUAGCAUAAAUGACAUCAUAAUAAUGUAUUCUGAUGAUAAAUGAAAACAGUAUACUCUAUAUGUUCUACGGAACAGGUAAAGUGGCUGUCUGUUGUUUGAUCUUGGUGUGGUUGGAUUGAAUAUUAAGGUAGCCAGCAAAAUGAACUAUUUCAUUGAAAAAUAAAUUGAAAACAGUGUAUUUCCUACAGAUCGCUUAAUAUUUAAUGUUGAGUAUAAAAAUGCGUACAUAUAUAAAUAACAUUGUUUCAAAGUCUUAAUAUAAUUCCGAAGUCAAGGCGUCUUAUGAUGAAGACAACGUGCUCUGCUGAUCAUUUUACUGAUGGUGACGACGGAGUGUGCAUUGUUUAUCAAUUGUCUGAUGAUGACGGAGUGUGCAUUCUUUAUCAAUUGUUUGAUGAUGACGGAGAGUGCAUUGUUUAUCAAUUGUCUGAUGCUAACGGAGUGUGCAUUGUUUAUCAAUUGUCUGAUGAUGACGGAGUGUGCAUUGUUUAUCAAUUGUCUGAUGAUGACAGAGUGUGCAUUUGUUUAUCAAUUGUCUGAUGAUGACGGAGUGUGCAUUGUUUAUCAAUUGUUUGAUGAUGACGGAGUGUGCAUUGAUGAUAAUUCUUCAGAAGAUGACUACAGUGUAAAUGGUGAACAAGUUCAAUUCCAUCGAUGUUUGUCUAUCUUGAGCAUUAACUCAUAUUGAACCGUAUUACGUUCGGCAACAAGAGGUGGACAGAACAAGCUAAAAUUUGUAGUGUAAGGGAAGUAACUCGAACAGAAACAUGUUUAUUGUGAUGAGUGUAUAACCAGGCUCUACGAGGAGAACAUAGUUCUACACAAGAACCCAUUUAUAUAUAUAUAUAUUCCUAGUAAAUUUCUUUAAUGAACCACCAUGAACAUGUAUUGUCAAUCCUUACGAUGUCCAGAACACAUUUAAUCUUCGUUCGUAUUCUCAAUAUUUUCUUGCAUAUAUAUGUUUCCAUGUUUUACAAUGAAUCCUACCUGUGCUUCAAGUAACCCACAGGAACAAUUACAAAUGAAAGUUAUAUUUUGAUAACUUGCCUUUUUUAUUUGUAAUGCUCUUGUAACAGACUGUGGAAAUGAUCUAUUAAGUGUCCCUUUCUAAAACACCAAAUCAAACGUCCCCGUAUUUGAUUUUCAAUGAAGUCAAGUUGGUUUUUCGAUUGAUUGAAAUUCCGUAAAAAAAAUUCCUACCAUAUUUGCAAAAUGUACAGUCAUUACCAGUUUUUUGUUCCUAUGUACGUCCCAAACUUUGACCGGUACACAACUUUUAUUGUUCCUACACAACUGAAGUUUGAUCGAGGAAUUAUUUUACUGUGUGAUUUUCUUUAGAUACUUAACUAUCUAGAAGAUAUAUUUCGCCAUUGCUAGUAACCAGUCAUCUUUUCCAUUGUGUUGGAUUUGGACAGAAAGUGAGUUAACUGAUGGAAAAGGAAUUCUGAUUUUUCCAUUGGCAUUGAUUGGGAUCAUAUAGUUAAGCUAAGUUAACUAACUGAAAACCAUUCAAAUCAGGGGGUCAGUCUGUCCAUUUGUACAGUUGUUAAUCUCCACUACCUAGGGAUGCUUCCAUUCUUGAGAUUAGAAGCAUUUUCUUACAUUUUUCUCGAUAAUAGUGAAUACACGGGACUUCAGAAAUGCAUGAAUUAUGAUAUUCAAUAAAUUUUGCACCACUCAAAUUCUGCAAUCAAAAGUUACUUUUCUGACAAAAUCAACAAUAUUUUUGACAAAUAAUUUCUGCAAAGGUCAUUGAUUCUUGACAUGGAUAUAACAAAUAACUUCCAUACAUCUUUAGCCCAUCAUCAGAUGUCGUCCGUCCUUAAACAAUUCUUGUUAUCGUUAUUUCUCAGGAAGUACCCGAGAGAUCUUAGUCAAAUUU